AUGAAUUUGAAUAGAUUUCACUUUUAUUAAUGUUAUCAUCUUGAAAUUCAAUUAAGAACUGCAUCCAUUUAUAUAGAGCGAAAUGUUCAAUUAUAAGUGAAAUUAUUUAUACAAUAAUUUUAUUAAUAAUUUUUGUCUGUUAUACUCAUGCGUUAACCAUCAUUGUUCUCACCAUAGAAAUAAGCAAGAUUUGAGAAGUCAAGCAAUCCAACUGGAUUUGCAACAUUUUAGACCACUACUCAAAUGAAUUCUAAAUAAUUGGCUGAUUUUAGAAAAGACCUUCUUACCAAUGUAUCAUCCAGAGAACCUUUUAGUUCACAAUCAGAAAGAUCCUCUACUUUAUUUGCUUCCUGGAGCAAAGCAGAAAGGAUUGUUCUGGAAGAAUAAAAAGUCAGCAGAAGAUCACCUAAGAAGUCUAAGCUUCUCGGUGGAUUAAACUAUGAUGAAAUCUUUACUAACAGAGCACCUUAGUUGAAAACCAAAAAUAAUAAUAAAAUAGACUCAUUAUUUAAAAGAUCCCCAUAAAAGGAUUACUAUGAUAAUUCCUUUACAUCAUUCCCAAAACCAGCGCGAUAAAAUAUUACUUUAGGAUCAAGUUAUAAGGACUCUCCUUAAAAAUCUUUGGAGAAACUAGAAAGAUUUAAGAAUUUGGAUAAUAGACUAGGAGUCUAGUUGAAACUCUAAAACCAAUCCAUUUCUAAUAGGGUUUCCCCAUAAGGCGACAAGCCUCUGUUUUAUAAAUACAUAAACGAGGUAUCAAAAGGGCUUUUUGAUAAAAGCUCUCCUAGUCUAUAGAUAAAUCAAAUUCCAAAGAAGAACUUAUUUGAUCACAAAAAGCAAACCUUCUCUUUCAAUGAUAAUGCCUUCAAUGCUUAAAAAUCGAAUUCCUUUUAAAGAAACCAUUCACCGGAACUUUCUAAUAGAUUCGUCGAAAAGAUUGCUUUAACAGACAUUGUAAGAAUGACAUCUCAUUUUUAAUCCUUGUCAACUUAAGAGAUAGGAUAAAUUCCUAGAGGUUAUAUAUCAGAGCUAAGUAAUUUAGCUGAUAUUUUAGUGCGAAUAGUCAAGCGAUCAAAUAAAACUAGUUGA